CUGGGGGCUGGGGGAAGGGGCCCCGGGAGACAGAGUGCCUUUGUGAGGGUGUGCGCGGAGCCGUGUGCCUGGGUGUGGGUGUUUGUCUCCCGUAUCCGCCUUCUCUCCCGCUCCGGACUUCCAGCCUCUCCGGGCUCCUCGUCCUCCGGUGCUGCCCCUCCGGCCGGGCUCCGGCGGGGGCCCUGGCGGAGGAGGGGGCACGCUCCAGGACCCGGUCCAACCCCAGGCGUUGCCGGAGGCUUCCGUCCUGCUCCCCUCCCUUCCUCUCCUCCCUCCUCCCUCCCUCCUCUCUCUUCCUCCCUCCCUCCCCCCCAGGGCUGGCGUGCCAGGGGGUGGGACAUGCCAAUCACUGGCUGUGCCUCGCCGGCUGCCAGCGCAGGACGCAGCUCCCCCCGGAGCCAGGUGUUUGGGUCCCUGGAGACAGGGCCGGCCGCCCGGGAGGCAGAGGCGGGGAGGACCCCUGUCCAGCCCACGGGGCUCUGAACCCCACCACCCCCUCCACCUGCAGCGCCCCGAGAUGGACUGAACCGACUGCCGGCCAGAUGGACAAGCUGGACGCCAAGGCGAUGACCUCCCGCUGAGGAAGCCGCCGAGUGACCAGAGGAAGGGGCUGCCCGCUCCGCCCCGCCAGCCGCCAUGAACACCUCGGCCCCUCCCGCCGUCAGCCCCAACAUCACCGUCCUGGCGCCCGGCAAGGGCCCCUGGCAAGUGGCCUUCAUCGGCAUCACCACGGGCCUCCUGUCCCUGGCCACCGUGACGGGCAACCUGCUGGUGCUCAUCUCCUUCAAGGUCAACACCGAGCUCAAGACCGUCAACAACUACUUCCUGCUCAGCCUGGCCUGCGCCGACCUCAUCAUCGGCGCCGUCUCCAUGAACCUCUACACCACGUACCUGCUCAUGGGCCACUGGGCCCUGGGCACGCUGGCCUGCGACCUCUGGCUGGCCCUGGACUACGUGGCCAGCAACGCCUCCGUCAUGAACCUGCUGCUCAUCAGCUUCGACCGCUACUUCUCCGUGACCCGGCCCCUGAGCUACCGCGCCAAGCGCACCCCGCGCCGGGCGGCCAUCAUGAUCGGCCUGGCCUGGGUGGUGUCCUUCGUGCUGUGGGCGCCCGCCAUCCUCUUCUGGCAGUACCUGGUGGGCGAGCGGACCGUCCGGGCCGGCCAGUGCUACAUCCAGUUCCUCUCCCAGCCCAUCAUCACCUUCGGCACCGCCAUGGCCGCCUUCUACCUCCCGGUCACCGUCAUGUGCAUCCUCUACUGGCGCAUCUACCGGGAGACGGAGAACCGAGCCCGGGAGCUGGCCGCCCUGCAGGGCUCCGAGACGCCGGGCAAGGGCGGCGGCAGCAGCAGCAGCUCGGAGCGGUCCCAGCCGGGGGCCCAGGGCGCGGCCGCGGCCGACACCCCUCCGGGGCGCUGCUGCAGCUGCUGCCGGGCCCCCAAGCUGCUGCAGACCUACAGCUGGAAGGAGGAGGAGGAGGAGGACGAGGGCUCCAUGGAGUCCCUCACGUCCUCCGAGGGCGAGGAGCCGGGCCCCGAGGUGGCCAUCAAGAUGCCCAUGGUGGACCCCGAGGCGCAGGCCCCCGCCAAGCAGCCCCCCAAGAGCUCCCCGAACACGGUCAAGCGGCCGACGACGACGACGCGGAAGGGCCGGGAGCGCGCGGGCCGGGGCCAGAAGCCGCGCGGGAAGGAGCAGCUGGCCAAGCGGAAGACCUUCUCGCUGGUCAAGGAGAAGAAGGCGGCGCGGACCCUGAGCGCCAUCCUGCUGGCCUUCAUCCUCACCUGGACGCCGUACAACAUCAUGGUGCUGGUGUCCACCUUCUGCCGGGACUGCGUGCCGGGGACGCUGUGGGAGCUGGGCUACUGGCUCUGCUACGUCAACAGCACCGUCAACCCCAUGUGCUACGCGCUCUGCAACAAGGCCUUCCGGGACACCUUCCGCCUGCUGCUGCUCUGCCGCUGGGACAAGCGGCGCUGGCGCAAGAUCCCCAAGCGCCCGGGCUCCGUGCACCGCACCCCCUCCCACCAGUGCUGACGCCCGGCCCGGCCCCCGGCCCCCGGCCCCGGAGAAGGGGCUGUGACCUCAGACCCGGGCCCUGCGCCGCCCCUGCAGGCCGCCCAGGCCCCGAGGUCACCUUCCCGGGCGGCCAGAGAGCCCUGCCAGCUCCACGCUGCCAUUCCCAGGCGGGAGCAACCCGGGGAACUGGUUUUUCUGUCCCCAGCAGGCCGGCCGGAUGGGAACGGGCUCUUCACCAGGAAGAAGCCGGGAGGAGGAUCCGGGCCUGGAUUCCUUGUUUGCAUUUGGGCAGGAAGUCUGCCUGGAGCCAGCAGGGCGGGCCAGCAGAGAGGGUUACCUCGGCCCUCAGCCCCGGCCCCCUGGCUGGCCUGGAUUGCAGGGAGAAGGGGGGAAUGGCGCCCCCUGUGGCCACAGCUGGGAACUGGCACCAAACACGGAGAGAAAAGCUUGGCUCCGAGGGACCAGCCCCAGGCCCCUCGGCCCCUCAGCAGGCACAGCCCGCCCUGCUGGGCCCCAGGCUCGCUCUCCGAGAACCCCAGCUCCCGACCAGGACAGCGGCCCCAGAGGGCACCCGCUCAGCUAGUCGCACGUCGAGUCCCCAGGCAGCAGCAGCAGGACCGGACGCCUGGUGUCCACGACGCCAUUUCCUGGGGAAUGAGGGCAGGGUGCCUGCUGCCCAGCCUCACGCCCACACCCCCCGCCCCAGAGAAACCCCAGGUCCCUCCCGGCUCUCAGCCGCCAUGCACAUCUAGCCGGCCUCCCGCAUGCUGCCUGCCUCCCGCCCACCCCACCAGGCCGGCCCGGCCCCCGGGUCCUCUCCUGUGAGCCCCUGUCCCGCCCAUGCAUGGCGCCCAGCCACCCUCACCCACAGGCCAGCCUGGCCCCACGUGUUCUCUCCCUCCAUCUCAGCAACGCUGGGUCCGAAUAAAGCCUCUACCCCCAAGGA